AUGGAGUGUGUCCUAAAACUGGCUUCUGAGAAGGCUGUAGUGAUCUUCAGCAAGAGCACGUGCUGCAUGUGCCAUGCCAUCAAGAGGCUGUUCUACGAGCAAGGAGUGAGCCCGGAAAUUUAUGAACUCGACGAGCAGCCCAACGCACUUGAAGAAAUCGAGAAUGCCCUAAAGAGGCUCGGCUGCACCCCGUUGGUUCCCGCCGUAUUUGUUGGAGGCAAAUUUGUCGGCUCCGCCAAAGAUCUCCUAACUCAGCACCUAGACGGGUCGCUUAAUAAGAGGCUUAAAGAUGCCGGAGCGCUUUGGCUUUGA